AUGAGAUCACACCCACCCAUGGAGUCUUUCGCACAACCGUCCCCCCUCACUCAAGGCCUGGUCAACCUCCCUGGGUCGACCCCACAGGCUGCUGCGCUCACCGCCAAGCUGCUACACAAGGACUUCCACGAGCACCACUGUUUCUUCAACGAUAGCUUCUUCCAUGACCACCUUGCGCACCACUUGUUGGCAAUGUAUGACCUUGGCGCAAGCGAAGAGACCAUCGAGCACAUUAAUGACAUCGACGCGAAGAUGCAACGCGAGCUCUUCCAUGGCAAGCCAGGCAGCGGGCGCAAGGUCGGCGCAAUCUCGGAGGAAAACUGGCGGGAUACUUUGGGCGAGAGACAUGCAGUGCUAUACGCUGACUAUCUCGAGUUCUUUUCCCAGCGUAUUGCCGCUCAUGGCGUCGGCAGAACGUUGGAGAAGUACUUAUUCUCGCCUGAGGCAAACGGCAACGGUGUCCUCAUGCUCGCACGGUUCUUUGGCGGCAUCGUUCACCCGAUCAUCCAAGCGGGAUUUGGGGUCGAGUUCGGCCAACCCCAUAUGGUUGCACAGGCACUCGCUCUGACGGCGCUCACAUCUCCCGAAGGCGCAGUUGUCAUGGAGGCCUCUGGCUUGCCCGAAAUAACGGUCCAGACCGGCGCAUCCGCCAAGCCGUCAUCCUCGCUCCUUGCACUGCUCGCCGAGUUCUAUGCCCACCCGGGCCUUUCGCCGAUGCCCUAUCCCGGUAAGCUUGGGCCAGGCGGAAACGUCUCCAUGGCGUCGCUCGUGCAAUGGGUCAACGACAAUCCCACCAACGGGGACAUCAUCCGCGACAUUUAUGCAAAAUGGUCGUUCGACCUCGCGUCGGCUUCCGACGUGUAUGCUAAGAUCGACGAGACGCUGUGGCAGGCGACGCUGUUGACUGGCGGUGCCACACCCGCGGGUAAACCGGCCCGGAUGGACUUCUUCCUCAUGCAUUUACUCACGUCGGCCCUGGCGCUCCGACCCAUCGUCGACGCCCUCGAUAACCCUGUGCACAAAGCCCAACUUCUGGUGACAUACGCUCGCUCCGCCGCGUUGAUUCUCAUCCUGCGUGGAACACCGAGAAUUGACUGCACUGUCGCUAUGGCUGCCUCCCCGGUGCCGAAACAUACCACCCCUGGUGCAAGCGCGUGGUUCCCCAUCAUCAGCAAUGCCAACCUCCACACGGAAGUGCACGUCGUGAAGGCUAUUCGCGCGCUCGUGUACGGCGCACAGCGGUUUGGGCAGACGAAGGAAGGCGUGCCUGGGGCAGUCGAUGCCAACGGCAAGGAAACCCAUCCCGGCCUAAAGGCCGUUGACGGCACACUCUUCAUCCGCUUAGCAAGCGUCAUGACCGACGCGCUGGGCUGGGUUUCGCAUGGAGAGCCGGAGAACGCUUGGGAUUUCCGAGGGUUCUGGCCCGAGACAUGGCAGUAG